GACCUUUUCCCUUGGCAACCACUUCCUCCGAGCAGCCACGGCCAUCUUUAAUUUCGAGCCAUCCAAGUAAAAAGUUCUUUCGCUCCAUGUAAACACGCCGAACGACACGUUUGCGCACAAACGCGGCACCGACGGCGCAGAGUGUGCGCGUGUUUGCUUUCCAGCGACAAGCGCCAAAACAGAGCAGAGCAGCGCAGCGCGGAGCGGAGCAGCAGGCUGACCGCCGCGAUUAAAUAAACACCGACAGCGAUGAGAAAGAAGCAGACUGCCAAACAGAGGAAGACCGAGGAGACUACCGUUGUCCAGGAGUUUGUGGUGGAAAAGAUCAUUCGCCGCAGAGUCUUUAACGGGAGAGUGGAGUACUUUCUGAAGUGGAAAGGCUUCACUGAUGCAGAAAAUACCUGGGAGCCUGAGGACAAUCUGGACUGUCCCGAACUCAUCGAGGAGUUCCUGAGAAACACUCACUGCUUAGAAGAGAAUGAGGAAGAGCCAACUCAGUUUAUUCCAAAAGAAGAAAUGACAGAGCAAGAGACGGAAAUUUCAUGUUUGCAGUCUCAGCAGCAGGUCUGCGCCUUGCAAAGCGACGGCGGCGUCCUCCUUGAGCCAAACGGCGACGAGCAGUCGGACGCCCCAGCCAACCUCAGCAAUUACCUCGAGCCUGAAUGCAUCAUCGGCUCCACAGACAGACAGGGAGAGCUCAUGUUCCUUGUCAACUGGAAGAACUCGGAUGACGUGGCCCUCCUGCCUGCCCGUGAAGCGAGCGCCAGAUGUCCCCAGGUGGUCAUCGACUUCUACGAGCAGAAGCUGACCUGGAACUGUGGCGACGAGGAGCAAUGAAGAGUGCGUGAGUGCAUGUUUGAGUACGGAGGAAAACUGGUAAGCAGUCGCGUUCUCUCACCUGAAGCUUAGUUUAACCUCCAUAGAGUGUCCUCCUCCAGCUGACAUUAGACGCACACUGUGUGAAAUUACAUCCCGCCACAGGUAGAGUUUCCAGACUCAGUCAGGUGCGAGAACCUCGGCGCGGGGGGAAGGAUAUUUAGGGCUCUCUGUCCCGCGGUGCUCGAUAAGGUCACUGUGCCUUUGCGGAGACUAAAUGUGUGAUGGAGACUAAAACUAACCUUUGUGUAGAGCAGCGGGACUAACCUGUAGCAGCUUUGGUCUUGUGUCAUUGUGUAGCUGACACAAUCUUUGUUGACAUGUGUUUUUUUUUCGAGACAUACUGUUGUAUAGUAAUUUAGUAUAUGUAGUCCUCCACUGGGACGGGUCCUCUGUCGUUAAGUGUGUAUGUUUUAUCUUGUGGGGCGACAGUUUGUAAAAACAGUGAACUAACUGAUGUCCAAUCUGUACCUCCAGUCCAUCUAGCUUUUCGGUUAGAUUGUAUACAUUAGAACCCAACCGAGUACAGUAAAAAAUGUCCACUACCAAUAUAUCGGUUGAUAUUGCUCUCUAUAUCUCAAAAAAUACAUAUAAAAAUUCACAAAUGAUUCCUACGAUGUAGUUAUCGAACCGUCAUUACAAAGAAUUGUAAUUGAGGCUUUGAUAUUUUACAGUACACGGUGAACUUAAAGAAAUAAAAAGAAAAAACAAAUACAACUAAAUAUAUGGAACUUGAACAUUUUUUAAAUACAAACAUAAAUGCACAUUUCUGCAUUGUAAACAUUGUAUUGAUUACUGUUAACCUCUAAAAAAUAUGAAUAAUUAUAACAAUUUGCUAUGGGCAAACUACCUAAUGACACCAUUCCCAAAAGCCAAAGCAUUUUUCGGCAUUGAAUAUUCUGUAGAGUUUUCAUAAUGGCACAUAGAAGCAAACAUAAACGGCCAUACCUCUGUCAUAUUUUUUUUUUGUGGCCAAGAGAGAAAAAUUGGUCGGGCUCUAGUAUACGUAUUGCUUGAUUGUUUGUUGUUUGAACAUGUGUGUGAAGUGGUUUUUUUACCACAGCUUUUACUGUGUGUCACUUUGUUUCUAUAUGACCCGUGUGGUUUAUGUAAAAUAUUUUUUUUUUUAAAUAAGGCCCACCAGCAAUUUCUCUGAUCAGCUGCUUUAUGUACCAAAUGUCCUCACUUGUAUUGAAUUAUGACAAGUUUUCUUAAAAUAAAAAUUAAGAUCGGGCAGAAAUUCUCAGAGCAUCAUAAAAUACUAAGAAUAUCUACAAGAUUUAGAAAUUUUCAUGCAACGAUUGUUGGCUAAAAAAAGGAUUGUUAAAUGUAGCACUUUAGAUGUGAGACUGUCCAGUUAUGAAGGACAUUGUCUUCCAGUGAUUUCACAGGCAUAGCUGUAUCCUGAUGGGCCCUAUCCUGACUUGACAUAUCUCCCAUAAUUGUUAUGGGAUACUCAGCUGAACUUUCAACCUCCUAAAACCUGACCUGCUACUGAACUACUGUAACUGUUGACCAUCAAUCUGUGAAGUCUGUGAAUAAAGGAAAAACAUUUUUUGACUCUC